UAGACAGCACUGUUUGGCAUGCAUCAGAUCCACCAUCCCAAACCUUCAGGAACUACAUCGUGAAGGUUUUUGGAACUUUCCCAACUUUGAUCAUUACCCAUUUUUAGUUUCUGACGUGAAACGAUGGCCAACGCAGGUAUACAGCUUCUCGGCUUCACACUGGCCUUCCUGGGCUUCGUUGGCUUGAUAGCAUCCACAGUCAUGGUGGAAUGGAAAGCUUCAUCGUAUGCAGGAGACAACAUCAUCACAGCUCAGGCGUUGUAUGAAGGGCUGUGGAAGACCUGUGCAUCACAGAGCACUGGUCAAGUUCAGUGUAAAGUGUAUGAUUCACUUCUCCAGCUACCAGGGAUUGUACAGGGCACACGAGGGCUGAUGCUGUGCGCCGUCUUGAUGUGCUUUAUUUCUAUCAUGUUGGACAUGGUGGGCAUGAGGUGCACCACCUGCAUGUCAGAACAACCAGUGCAGAAGGACAAAGUGGCUCUUGCUGGAGGGGUUAUCUUCAUUAUCGCUGGUGUGCUUGCUCUGGUGGGAACGUCUUGGUAUGGUCACAGAAUAGCCCAGGAAUUCUACAACCCAUUCACUCCGACUAAUUCAAAGUAUGAAUUCGGGAGUGCCCUGUUUGUCGGAUGGGGAGCUGCCGCUCUCAUCAUUAUUGGAGGAAGCUUUCUCUGCUGCAACUGCUCCGGCAAAGGCUCAGGGAAGUCUCCGCGGUACCCAGCGCCCCGCUCUGCCGGCCAGCCGGACAAGAACUUUGUCUAGAACAAUCACUCCAUCCGGCCUCCGCUCAUGGAAGAUUGCUGUCUUUACAGGGAAUAUACUUCUGUAUGUCAUUUGGAUUUUUGUUGUUGUUGCAAGAUGUAUAUUUGCAGGUGUUUUAUUUGGUGUAUGUUUAUAUUUGUUGGUGAAUACACUCCAUGACAACAGUUUUCACCCAUUUAUUAUAAAUCUGCUGAGAGUGUGCCAGUUAUUUUUUUCCUUAUUUACUUUGUUUGAACUUGUGCCAUUAUUCCUGCAUAUUUUUUUAAAUUAA